CAUCUGAUUCUGAGGAAUUCAGGCACACGUCACGGAUACCUAUGUUCCCACACAAGGACCCCUCCAUUGGCUUUCAGGAAAGAGUGGCCUAAACUAGCGGCACAGCAUUGAGUUUGCUCGCGUGCGGCGGUUUCGUUGCAGGCCCAGUAGAGCCGGUGGGAGCUGUAAGGGUAAUCGGGAAGGGCUCCUGGCCGCGUGGUUACUGCGGGGUUCCGGAGUCACCCUGCCCGAAACCGUGCCUCUCUUCGCUCGGCUCCCGGGGCUCUCCUGCCGCCGGCCCGCUCCCUGAAGCUGAGGCAGUUGGUAACAAAGAGCCUGCCAGCCUUCCGCUACCCGGGCUGCGCGAACCCAAGUGUCCUUCGGAGCUGCUGGAAUGAGCGCGAGCUGGGCCGCGAGUCGAGGUUCGCGGUGGUGAGGGCCGUGGGCUGGAGUGUUUGUGCGGGCGGAGAGGCCGGUACCUCUCCUCGCCGCCCGCGUGACUCGGGGCUCGGGGGACUGCUCUCCCUGCGGCUUCACCCGGGAAAGCGGCUUCGAGGCCUUCCCCCUGCGGCACCGGCCCUUCGGCUGCCCGGAACCACGCUCAGCUCUGGCUGCAGAAACCCGGGUUUCCCAACGGUGCUCAGAAAGGACCCGGCUCUUCUCCAAAGUGUCCUGAAGCUUUGUGUGAAAAGCUGGGGAAGCCUGAUGCUUUUUAAAAAAUAAAUAAAAAGUCUUUGUAAGUCUCCAUUUUUUAGAAUUUUUUUCAGAGUUUUAAGUAGUCUACCUCUUCUCAUCCUUUCUCCUGCUCCUGACGUCUUUUUCCUCCUCAACUAUAAACAUUUUUACCUCAGAGCUGACGAACGUUUUGUAAUUGAAAGUAUAACUGUUAAAACCACGUCGAGAGAGUAGUCAAGAUGGACAAAAAGUCCUUUGAAAUGGUGCUGGAUGAAAUUAGAAAGGCUGUUUUGACAGAAUACAAAUUAAAAGCAAUUGAAUAUGUGCAUGGAUAUUUCUCUAGUGAACAGGUGGUUGAAUUACUGAGAUAUUUCUCCUGGGCUGAGCCUCAGUUGAAAGCAAUGAAAGCAUUACAACAUAAAAUGGUGGCUGUUCACCCAGCAGAAGUGGUCAAUAUACUCAACUGUUUCACCUUCAGUAAAGACAAACUACAUGCUCUUGAACUAUUAGCUUCAAACAUUGUUGAUGCACAGAAUUCUCGUCCCAUUGAAGAUUUAUUCAGGAUAAAUAUGUAUGAGAAGAAACGGUGUAAGAGAGUACUUGAACAGGCUUUCAAAGGAGGCUGCAAAGCUCCGCAUGCUAUGAUAUCUUCCUGUGGAACAAUUCCAGGAAAUCCAUAUCCCAAAGGAAAACCUAGUCGCAUAAAUGGAAUUUUCCCAGGAACCCCUUUGAAAAAAGAUGGUGAAGAAUGUACCAAUGAAGGCAAAGGAAUAGCUGCACGGAUUCUUGGACCAUCCAAACCACCUCCUUCAACAUACAAUCCACAUAAACCCGUUCCUUAUCCAAUACCUCCAUGUCGGCCACAUGCAACUAUUACACCAAGUGCUUAUAACAAUGCAGGUCUAGUACCAUUAGCCAAUGUCAUAGCUCCUGGUGUACCUCCUCCACCUCCAUAUACUCCUAAUCCAGCAGGAACAGAAAAUGAAGACCUUUCCAAUCAGUCAAAACCCACACAAAAUCAAACAUUUUCUGCCCCAGCAAGUCAACUCUUUUCUCCUCACGGUUCUAAUCCUGCAACACCUGCAGCAACUCCUGUUCCUACUGCAUCCCCUGUUAAGGCAGCAAAUCAUUCAUCAGCAUCAGCAACUGCCACAGUUUCUGGGCUGAACAUGCUGAAUACUAUCCUUCCAGUGUUCCCAGGGCAGGUCUCCUCAACUGUUCAUACACCUCAGCCAUCAAUGCCAAAUCCAACAGUUAUCAGAACCCCUUCAUUGCCAGCUGUCACUUCUGUCCACAGCACAAUGUCUAUUCCUGUUCCUUCAGUUUUUCCUGGCCUAGUUCCACUGCCAGGUUCUGCCACUUCUACCCCGGUCCCUCAGGCCACAUCUAUACCUCGGGCCACUCCUACUUCCAAUGAAACAUUUGCUUCUACUUCUGCUUCUUUUGUUAGCCUCCCAUUUUCUGCCACCUCUACUGUUGGUUCUACCAACAGCCCAAAUCCUGCUUCAUUGUCAUCAGUUUUUACAGGUCUCCCCUUGCCCUUAACACCAACAUCCCAAGGCAUGUCCAACCCAAAUCCUUCUGUAAUUGCUGGUGGUUCUGCUCCCAGUGUUGCUUGUCCACUUGGUCUAAAUAAUCCUCUUCUGUCUGCGUUAAAAGGCUUUCUGACAUCAAAGGAUACCAAUUUAAUAAACUCUCCUGCUUUAUCCACUGCUAUUACAAGUGGGUUGUCUUCACUCUCUUCUCUUACUAAUCACAACUCAGAUUCUCCUGCUUUAGCCCCUAACAAGUGUUAUGCCCCAUCAGCUAUUCCCACCCCACAGGAGUCUUCUACUCCAGGAUUGGCCAUGUUCCCAGGCCUUCCAUCUCCUGUGGCCAACGCAACUUCCUCUCCCCCUACUUUGCCUGUCCAAUCUCCUCUAGCUACUCCAAAAUCAGCUUUAACUUCAGGGCCAGUUAGCUCUGGUUCCUCAGCUAUCCUUUUGCAUGGCCCCCAUCCAAGUAACUCAGACUUGCAUAUUACAUCUAACCCUGCUGUAACAACUAUUUCUGCUACAAUAAAAGCUGAACCCACAAGUCCUACUCCCUCAGCCUUUAAAGGUCCAUCUCAUUCUGUGAAUCCCUCUCAUAGCACUUUAGGUUUGUCAGGGACACUAGGUCAUGCAUAUACUUCAACAUCAGUGCCCAUCAGUUUAUCUACUUGCCUUAAUCCUGCAUUAUCAGGUCUUUCCAGUUUGAGUACUCCCUUGAAUGUUUCAAAUCCCCUUUCUUCUAUUUCCCUUCCACCACAUGGUUCCUCCACUCCAAUCACUCCUGUAUUCACUGCUCUUCCUCCCUUUACUUCUUUGACCAGUAAUUUUCCUUUGACAGGUAAUCCAUCUCUUAAUCCACCAGUAUCUCUUCCAGGGACAUUAAUAGUCACCUCAUCUGCAACUGUCACAUCCAUAUCUAUCCCUCAUCCUAGUUCUACAUCAGCUAUUCUCUCAGGGCUUUCUGUCUCAGCACCAGUCUCAGCAACACCUUUCCCCCUUACCUUGUCAACUGCUGUCCCCUCACUUUUUUCAGUUACUCAAGGACCUUUGCCAUCUUCAAAUCCAUCCUACCCUGGCUUUUCUGUCUCUAACACCCCCAGUGUUACCCCUGCUCUCCCUUCAUUCCCGGGGCUGCAGGCACCUUCUACAGUUGCAGCAGUCACACCACUACCUGUCACUGCUACGACCCCAUCACCAGCUCCUGUCCUCCCAGGAUUCGCUUCAGCUUUUAGUUCCAAUUUCAACUCUGCUCUUGUUGCACAAGCCAGCUUAUCAUCUGGACUUCAAGCUGCAGGCAGUUCUGUUUUUCCAGGCCUUUUGUCCCUUCCAGGUAUCCCUGGAUUUUCCCAGAACCCUUCACAGUCAUCCUUGCAAGAAUUGCAGCGUAAUGCAGCUGCACAGUCAGCAUUGUUACAGCAGGUCCAUUCAGCUUCAGCUCUGGAAAGCUAUCCAGCUCAGCCGGAUGGGUUUCCUAGUUUUUCUUCAACGUCAGGAACACCAUUCUCUUUGCAACCAGGCCUGUCCCAAAGUGGUUGGCAGUGAAUAUAAUUUGCAUUUACCUUUGGAACACCAUCAGAAUUGCCUAAGGACUAUAGUGAACAAGCUGACAAAUGUGAACUUGUCCAAAAAUCAGAAAAUAAGAAUGAGGGUAAUCCUGGGGAAAUUGGGAUAAGAGUUUUAAAACAUGAUUGCAUUUUUAAUGGUUUUAAUUAUGAACACUCCCCUUGUGUAAAUAUGCUGAUAAUGAAUUGUAUGGAGAAUAUUUAAAAAGUGUUUGGGGACUUCUCACCUCCCAUCCUAUGAAAUUUUGCAUCGUGUAUGUGAUUUAUAUAAAAAGAAUACUAAAGAGGAGGUUGAACUCUUAAUAGCCGAAUACAGCCUUAAAUCUGCUUGUAUAGCGUCCACUGACAAAAGUAAUAAUUUGUGCCUCAGACUUAUGGGUUGCAUGUGGCUCUAGGGGAGUUACUACCCUUGGUAUGCAUGAGUGAUUCCUAUUAGCAUCAUUGGAACACAGAACCCCUUAUGUAUUCACAAAAGGGGACUUGAGACCCACAGUUAUUUUUUAAUUUCUGGUAUUAAUGAUCAUACAUAUACUGCUGAAUUUAACUCUAUAUUUAAGUAAGUGAAAAUGGUGCUUAAUAUAGACUUUAGAAUGACUUUCAGGUAUUUUUGACUACUUACAGAAAUACAAGUAAGGCUUGUGAUAAUUUGCCUUCAGAACUUAAUCUCAGCAAUAUCCAAAUGAAUGAGAAACAUUUGAGUGACUCUUGGGCCACCUCUAUUACUCAUUAUACUCUGGAGCUCUUGGUGAAUGUUUACAAUCAUGGGAUGUAGUAUUUCUAUUUGUAUUUAAAGUCAAAUGCUUAUCUAAAUUAAUUACGUGACAAUAGAGGAGAUUUGCUCUGUUAGUAAAUAUGCAGUGUGUACUCUAUUUAAGGAUCUGUGGUAGUAUAACAUGAUUGUAUGUUAUUAAUUUAAGUAUAAUAACUGCCACAUUUGGAGAGACAGAGUAGGGAGAAUUAUUUCCAAUCCUAUAAUUAAGAGUGUAAACUAUAGAAUCUACUGUAGUACAUUUCAGCAUCUAGAAGUUUUACUUUUAUAAAGAUGGUGUUUGGAAGAUGUUGCUAAUGUAUUUUCCUUCAACACGGGGAACAAACUUUUUAAGUAUAUUAAUAAAUAUUCCUGUAUGGUUAGUUUUUAACAAUUUUUUUAAAAUAAACUUUAUGGAUAUAA